UAGAAUAAGAUAGAAAAUAAGUAGUUCUUCGACGCACUGACACGUUUUCCAUCAGAGAAUCAGUUCUUCAGUAGUUCUUCGACGCACUAACACGUUUUCCAUCACAUGCAGUUUUCCUUCAGAGAGUCAGUUCUUCAGUAGUUUUUCGACGCGCUAACCCGUUUUUCCAUCACAUUUUCAGAAUGCUGCGCAAAGUUUUAGAAAAAUUUUUUGCCAUCGGGUGCAGUAUAAAUCGCAUCCUAAUUCUAGCUGAGUAUUUAUCCGCUUUGACGGACAAUGACAGUGCGAAUUAUGAUGUAUUUUAUAAGUUCGCGGAUCGGUGCGCGAGUUCCAUGUUGAAUAUGCUAGACCUCGGAGGCUAUUUCCACAACAACACAACUUUAAUCGCCAUAAUCAUGGAGAUUAUGGAUCUGCGUCAGGUGUGCGAUCACGACGAGGAGGAUGGCGAGAUCCAUAUAGCCGCUUUUAUGAGACGACAUAAGAUUCAGAAUCAUCUCGUUGCCAUAGUGAAUCCGCUUCCUCCACGUCCUGCAACCGUCGCGGAACAGCUUCCUCCUCCUCCAGGCGAAAGACGUCUCUCAUUGAGUCGUCGUCGUCGACUAUCCGAGAACGAGCCCGAAGAAGUACUUGCACGGAGAAGAAGAUUAGGAAACGCGGUUGAGGAAGAAAUUGCGGCACCACCUUUGCAGGAAAUUAUUAAUAUAUCUUCUGAUGAAGAGGUGGAAGAAAGAGAUGGAACCUUCCGA